AACCAACGGAUGAUGGGGACCCCGAGUGCGCGGCGCGGUCUGGAGUGGCUGCUGGGGCUCUACUUCCUCUCCCACAUCCCCAUCACCCUGCUCUUCGACCUGCAGGCGGUGCUGCCGCGCGAACUCUACCCCGUCGAGAACGAUGCUGUUGGCAGGUAUGUCACGUUUGUGUGUUCAUUCGGCAAACUCGGUGCCAGAUACUGCUUUUGACAAAGGGCAGCACACCUCGUUGAGGAACCUGCUGACGUGGUACGCUAAGGAAUUCAAAGACCCUCUGCUGCAGGACCCCCCAAUGUGGUUUAAAUCCUUCCUGUUUUGCGAGCUUGUGUUUCAGCUGCCUUUCUUUCCUAUUGCAACAUAUGCCUUCUUCAAAGGAGGCUGCAAGUGGAUUCGCACCGCCGCCAUCGUCUACUCAGCCCACACCAUGACAACCCUGAUUCCAAUUCUCUGCACGUUUCUAUUGGAGGAUUUCUCUAAAGCCAGCGGUUUCAAAGGACAAGGGCCUAAGACUUUACGUGAACGCUUAACCCUCGUAUCUGUCUAUGCCCCUUACUUCCUCAUCCCUCUUAUGCUUCUGCUUUUCAUGUUGCGGAGCCCCUACUACAAAUAUGAGGAGAAAAGAAAGAAAAAAUGAGAACUACACAAGGAAAACUGCUCAGAACCCAUGUCUUCAGUAGCAUUUGAAACACCAGCAGCAGGAGCCAUAAACUGUCACCUUCCACGGGCACUGGCACAGACCCCUCACUGAGGACCGGCCACCUUCACCAUGUGCCCACCUUCCAUUGCAGAAUUACCAAAAACAGGGCCAGACCAGAAAUGGAUAAACUUCUAAGAAACAUAUCCUGCUUGGCAUUUUCAUGAGUUAUUUGAUCCACAAUAUGCAUGUGACUAAACCCCUUGACUCAAGAUUCUCUACAGCAAAUCCCUAUUCAGCAAAAUGAGUAGUAUGAUGUUUCAGGCCAUUUUUAAGUCUCAAAUUAUGCCUCUUCAAUAUUCAUUAAAAACUGUUGUUUUCUUGCCUGUACCCCGGGUGGGGGGAGGAGAGAGAGAAUAGUCUGCAAGAGGUUUAUGGUUCAGCCCUGGCUGACCUUUCAGUCAGAUAUGGGUUAAACCAGAAGGUGCUUUGUUUCUGUUUUAAAUGGCUCGUCCCAGAGGAGAGAUUUUUUUUUAAAGUCUCCUUGUUUAUCUUCUUUCCAAACUUUAGUCCUGUCUUUUUACAGACCACCGGACAGGAGUCCCUCUACUCUGAGGUCCGGUGUCUCAAACCUGACCUGGAAGUGUGCUGCCUUCUCGAUAACUACAUUCUUCCCAAUAGUUUAAUCAUUCCUCCCCUUGUUUGUCUCAGUCAAAUGGGGGGACAGCUGGGCAUAACAUGUCCACUGUAUGCAUCUAGGGUCUCUUCACGUUAGUACCUGGUAUUCCAUUAGCUUUCUCUAAGUUCAUACUCAAAGCUAACUUAAAAAAAAAGAUUUAUGAACACGGACAACAGAAGAAAUUGGUUCCAGUCAAUUCCCUCUUGCCUGUUCUCACAAGCCAUAUUACUCUAAUUAUUGGGAGUAUCCUCUGACUCGUGUCCAGUCCAAAUAAAGGCAGCUGCUGGCCAUUGCCUGGUUUGUUUUGUGGACAAGGGGCUGGAGAGUCCAAGGUUCUCUUACAAGUGAUUAAGUGUACACUUUACGGGCACCAGGAAAAGAGGUAGAUAAGCCAUUUGAAAACAAUAAUUUAUUGCAUUUUUUCUCCAAAGCUUUGAAUUUACAAAAAAAAAAAAUCAAAGUUUACAGACUGCUUGUUUCAGAAUAAGAAUGCAAGAGGUGAGAACCUGGGCCACCGCGGUCGCAGGGCGUCUACCAGAUAUGCACUGGCAUCUGAAACAAGCCCCCGCCCCAGAUCUGUUUUAUUGCCUUCAGAGACGAUGCAUCCUUCACACACCAUCUCACAUGAUAUACUUGGGUCAUUAGUCAAAGUCACUGGAAUGGUACAGAGGUUUUUUGUUUUUCUACCCUCCUGCUAUACAAUGAAAUUUUCAGUUCAUUUCUGAAAAAUAAAUUGGUCAAUAAAUUCA